AUGUCCAUCGCUCUCGUCACUGGAGGUAACACCGGCAUUGGUGAGGCUGUCGUUCAACAGCUCGCCAGAAUCCCGGGCUUUCAUGUUAUCAUAGGAUCUCGCAAUCUCGAGUAUGGCUCUAGGCUCGCCGAAUCUCUCAAAACCGAGAACUGCUCAGUUUCUUCUAUUCAGCUCGAUAUUACCUCUGACGAAUCGAUCUUCAAGGCCAUCGAGUCCAUUCAGAAGACUCACGGAAAACUUGAUGUCCUCAUCAAUAAUGCAGGCAUUUUGAUCGAUACAUACCCCGAUUCGUUUAGCUCCACUCGAGAUCUUUUCAGAAAGACCUAUGAAACCAACGUCUUCGGAACAGCCGUUCUAAGUGAAGCAGCUCUUCCUCUCUUACGCAAAUCUGAGUACCCGCGCAUCAUCUUCGUGUCGUCCCAGAUGGGUUCUCUGGAGUCGACUUUGGACGAGAGUAUGCCCUUCUACAACGUCGACUACAAAGCAUACGAUGGCAGCAAGGCAGCUGUCAACAUCUUGGCUGCCAACUAUGCCCGUAUUCUCAAGGAUGUUGGCGGGGCUUCAAAUGCUGUUUGCCCCGGCUUGGUCAGAACGAAACUAACUGGAUGGAUGGACGCCGGAGCACCGACUUCUGUUGGUGCGGAAAGAAUUGUGGAGUUGGCAAUUGCAAGUCCGGGUGGACCGACUGGCACGUUCUCUAACAGGGAGGGUCCGCUCGCGUGGUAG